AUGCCGCGGAACUUUGAGAUUAGCCUGGAAGAGAUCGUCAACAGGUCUGAUCCCGAAGACGACGACUACGACGACGCAGAACCACGGGACGAGAUCGACGAUGACCCGACCAUCGAACGGAAUGCGCGUGGGUCGGCCAGGAGAAAGGCAGCAGUCAAACAGGUCUCUUAUGCCGAGUCGUCGGGCGAGGAAGACGAUAUUGAGGAGGAGCUAGAAGAUAAUGAGGAGGAGGAGCCGCCACGGAAAGGGAAAAAACAGAAGUUGAUUGUCAAAUUCCCGCUCCCACAGCCGGCAAUCACCUCAUCUGGUCGCGCAACACGUUCCCGAGCUCGCAGCGCGAGUAUCCAACAACAGGACGCGGUGAAUACUCGACACUCAACCAGGCGCAGUGCGCGUCUCACUCACGAUGACAAGGAGGACAUAAUUGCACUCUCUGCCUCCGGUCGACACGUUGAAACCAUCCGCCAGGGCACCCGCAGUCCAGAUCCCAUCGUGCCGCCUCCACCACGCCCGACAAAUAAACUCUCCCACGUCGAGGAAGAGGCAGAAGUGGAUGAAUCGACGGUCCUCAAGGACGAGGAGGAUGACUAUGCACAUGUGGAACAUAUUGGAGCUUCCCAGGUUGAAAUCAUGGAGAGUGAUCCACAGGGAGGCUUCGACGACGAUGCACCAGCCGUUGCAGCUUCGGAUAAUGCUCACCCGCCGCCAGAAGAGGAGGCAGACGCACGCGAACCAGACGUCGAGAUGGGCGAGGAAGGCUUUGUUCCAGAAUCUCAACAUGACCGUGUCGAGCAGGAAGAGGACGAUGAAGACGAUGAAGGCCCGGUGUCACGAACGAGGUCUCGACGAAGUAGGGUCGAUGAACCAGCUGCCGAAGAGGCACAGGCUGAAAAGGAAGGGAGCCAGCCAACUCGUCGAUCCAGUCGACGAACAGCAGGUAAACGAUCCCGACAGCCUGGAGAUGAUGGCAGUGAUUUCGAACCAAAUGAGGAAAGUCACGAAGAGGAGGAACUCUCCGACUCGGCCCCAUCACAGGCCUCUCCUCAAAAGGAUGACGGAAGUGGUAACGAGCCGAAUUCUCGUCUUCGCAAACGACAGCGAUACACUCACUCCCGUGGCGAGUCUGAAGCUAGGGAAAUCGCAGAAGAGCUGGCGGAUUUGCGAACAACACGGCCUCGACGAAAGAAGCCAGACAUCAUAUACGAAGACAAGCCUCGACGAACUAGAAAGGCCGUCGACUACCGGCUCCUUCGCCCAGAACUCGUUCUCCCACUGGAAGAAAGCGAAGUCGAACCUGCUGGAUCCCCGUCUCGCCGUGGCGGACGUGGAGGUGGAAGCACAUGGCAACGAACCCUCUUCUCGACAUACGGGCCCUUUGGCGGUGCUGGUCCAAUGCCCCUACUCGGUGGUCCUGCAGGCAUGGGCGCCAGCGGAGGCGUAGAGAGUGACAGCUCCGACGACGAGUUUGCUUCCCGCCCCAAAGCUCCCGGUGGCCCUGGAGCAAUGACUACAACUUCCCUCGCACCUAGCUUAGGCCUAGGCAUGCCCGGUCAAGCACACGCUGACCCUGCCCAGGGUGCUCCCGGAGUGCCCGCUAAUUUCGGGAAGAUCAAAGAUAAACAGGCCCUCGCCGACGCUGAUCCGCUGGGUGUCAACCCAAACGUCAAUUUUGAUAGCGUUGGUGGCUUGCAGGGCCAUAUCGACCAGUUGAAGGAAAUGGUUUCAUUGCCGUUGCUUUAUCCGGAGGUCUUCCAGAGCUUGAACAUUAUUCCGCCUCGAGGUGUUUUGUUCCAUGGUCCGCCAGGAACGGGUAAGACGCUUUUGGCGCGCGCUUUGGCUACGAGUGUUAGCAUCGAGGGGAGAAAGGUGACCUUCUACAUGAGGAAGGGAGCAGAUGCGCUGAGUAAAUGGGUUGGUGAAGCAGAGAAACAGCUGAGGCUGCUAUUCGAAGAGGCUCGGAGGACACAACCGAGUAUUAUCUUCUUCGAUGAAAUUGAUGGUCUCGCUCCCGUCCGAUCCAGUAAACAAGAACAAAUCCAUUCCUCCAUCGUUUCCACGCUUCUCGCUUUGAUGGAUGGUAUGGAUGGAAGAGGCCAAGUUAUCGUCAUUGGUGCCACUAAUCGACCAGACUCCGUUGACCCUGCUCUCCGCCGCCCCGGCAGAUUUGACAGAGAAUUCUACUUCCCACUUCCAAACGCCGAAGCCCGUCGAGCUAUCAUCGACAUAAACACAAAGGGCUGGGAACCUGCUCUUUCACCUGAAUUCAAAGACAAGUUAGCCGCUUCGACAAAGGGCUAUGGUGGUGCCGAUUUACGAGCUCUAUGUACCGAAGCGGCCCUGAACGCUGUACAAAGAAUUUAUCCCCAGAUCUACCAAUCGAAGGAUAAACUCUUGAUCGAUCCGAAGAAGAUCAAGGUUUCGUUCAAGGAUUUCAUGAUCUCAUUGAAUAAAAUCAUUCCCUCUUCCGAGAGAUCUGCUUCGUCUGGCGCGUCUCCCCUUCAUAGCACUGUCGAGCCGCUCCUACGAGAGCCCCUACGCGAGAUUCAAGAACGUAUAUCGAAACUCGUACCCAGGAGGAAAGCACUUACAGCUUUAGAAGAAGCGCACUUCGAGCAACCUCAUGAUGAUAUCGGCUUCAAACGCGAAAAGUUGCAGGAAGAGUUCGACAGAUCUCGUGUCUUUAGACCUAGGCUUCUCAUCCGUGGAGAGUUUGGCAUGGGACAGCAGUAUAUUACAUCUGCCUUGCUCAAUCACUUUGAGGGUGUGCAUGUGCAGUCAUUCGACCUACCAACUCUCCUGAGCGAUUCGACCAGGUCACCUGAAGCAGUUGUGGUACAGCUCUUCGCGGAAGUCAAGCGGAAUAAGCCCAGCGUUAUUUGUAUCCCGAAUAUCCGAUCAUGGUACGAAACUCUCGGAAAUGCCGUGAUAUCAACAUUCCUAGGCCUAUUACGCUCUAUUCCACCCACUGAUCCCAUCCUGCUCCUCGGUAUCCUCGAAGGCGAGGCAGAGUAUGAGGCGAAUUCCGACAUCGUUCGCAGCCUAUUUGGCUUCUCCAAGAAGAACCAGUAUUUCCUCAGUUAUCCUGAACUCCCUCAGCGACGAGAGUUUUUCCAGCCUAUUAUCAACUUCAUCAACACUGCGCCAUGCGAUUUCCCUGACCCCGAUAACCGGAAGAAGCGAGUGAUUGAGCGUUUAGAACUUGCGCCACCAGCUCCCCCUAAACCGGCACCGGCGCCUACGAAGGAGGAAUUGAAAGCGCAGAAACGGAAAGACCGUCAAACGCUGAAUCUCAUGAAGAUUAGGAUACAGCCUAUCAUGGACCAGAUCAGGAAGUACAAGCGGUUCCGAACCGGCGUGGUGGAUGAGUCCCAGAUACGCUAUCUUUACGAUGACGAGAAUCCAAAUGUUGUCACGUCUGAUUUACCCGUGGAGGAAAGGAAUGCGUUCAGGCCCUACGAGAAAGAUACAGACAAAGCCGGUGUUCCAGGUCUACGGGAGACUGCAACAGGGAAAUUCUAUUACAAUCUAGAUAUCGUCACCAUUGAGAAGCGAUUGUCUAACGGAUAUUAUAAGCGUCCAAAAGAUUUCCUAGCGGAUAUCAAGCGAUUAGCAAAGGAUGCAAAGCAGCUUGGCGAACCUGACCGACAGCUAAAAGCAAACGAGCUCUUAGCGAAUGUUGAGGUUGAUAUUGGGGCAAUUGACAAUACAGAUCCAGCCCUGGUGGCUGAGUGUGAGCUUGUCUAUACCCGCGAGCUUGAACGUGAAAAGGCAGCAUUGGAUAAGGCUAAACAGCCAACGGCCAACGCUGAUGGCACUAUGGGACCUCCAGCUGGCCCGCCACCCCAUAUGAAUAUUGCACAUGGUAGUCUUGAGCUAUCUAAUAUGUCAUCGACCGGGCCAGUUGUUCUGGGCGAACUAUUCAACAGCCCCUGUCCUGCUCCUGGAAGCAGGUCUAUUGGUGUUAUCCCAUCGCUAACUAAUGGCAACAUUCCCAAACUCCACCCACAUGGAAGUAUCGAGGGCUUCCGACCUCCAACAAGCAAUGGAUCUCCUCAACUCAAGCCAGUGGAAGGUGAUGGCGAUGUCCAUAUGUCAAACUCCGAAAACACCUCCGGGACGCAUCAAAAUAAUACCCAAAAUAGCUCAUUUGGACCAUCAGCGCAACCGAGACCGCCACACUCGUAUACCGCACCUUCUCAGUUCAUGAGGCACCAAUCUGGCCUGUCUACUCUGUCGCAAAAGGGCAAUGUCACGCCUAUGGCCCCGGGAUCACAACCAGGAGAUUAUGUUAACGAUGCCUCGACAACCCAGACAACCUCUGACAAGAAACACUCUGGUCCAUCCGAUAUGAUGCAUACGAACCCUCAUAACUCAAUGGCUACCUCUGCCAGAUACGAUGCACCAGACCUUAUGCUCUACCCCGACCGUGCAUCAGGAGAUGAGCACCUUCCUGAGACCCAGCAGGGCGACAGCUCGUGGGGCUCUUCCCAACAACUUACACCUCUCCACGGCGUAGCCGAUUUCCUUCAUUCGCAAUCUACCAACCUUACCAAUGGAAGCCAAUCCCAGCCUCGCCAUUCUCAAGCAUCCCAACCUCACCCUCCAGGCCCUCCGCCUCUAUUCGAUGCAUCAUCCACCCGUUCUCCCGCGACUAUACCUCAUGGCGCGCCCAGCACUCCUCCCCCACGCAACGGCGGAUCUCACCGGAUAUCCGAUCUUAUCCAUACCGAACCAAAACAGCCUGAACCCCCGCGCCCGGACUUGAUCGUGGACGAGGACUUUAACAACGACCUUCUUGAAGAGUUCAGCACCAAGACCGGAGGCUGCUCGAUUGAACAACUAGAACAGAUCAAUACCGAACUUAUGGAUUGUAUCUGGAGCAACCGCAAUGAGUGGAACAGGAAAGACGUCGCUGUCAUGUUAAAGUCGACCUUCCACGAGACAUUGGAAGAUAUAAAAUCAAGCCAGAAUUUUGUCGACGGGACUCAGAAAUUGGACGGUCAAUGA